GACUGACGUCACUUCCGCCAUCAAUUUCCCCAACAUGGCAGCGAGCGGCUUGAAACUCAAUUUCUGGGAGAAUGGACCGGCCCCGGGCGCCUUUUACUCGCUCCGGAGCGGCAGCAGUGUCGGCCAGAGUUCGGCCUGCGGCCCGGUUCGACACACGCUGACCCCCAUGGUAACCGGAACGUCGGUGCUGGCGGUCAAGUUCACGGGCGGCGUAGUGAUGGCCGCUGACAUGUUGGGCUCGUACGGCUCCCUGGCGAGGUUCCGAAACAUUUCCCGACUCAUGAAGGUGAACAACAGUACCAUCCUGGGCGCUUCGGGCGACUAUGCCGACUACCAGUACCUCAAGCAGGUCAUCGAGCAGAUGGUCAUCGACGAGGAGCUGCUCGGGGACGGCCACAGCUACAGCCCCAAGGCCAUGCACUCGUGGCUCACCAGGGUCAUGUACAACCGCCGCAGUAAGAUGAACCCCCUGUGGAACACCGUGGUCAUUGGCGGCUUCUACAACGGGCAGAGUUUCCUGGGUUACGUGGACAAGCUGGGCGUGGCCUAUGAGUCCCCCACAGUGGCCACCGGCUUUGGUGCUUACCUGGCUCAGCCCCUGAUGCGGGAGGCGUUGGAGAACAAGGUGGAGGUGAGCAAACAGGAAGCCUGCGAGCUGGUGGACCGCUGCCUCAAGGUUCUCUACUACAGAGACGCCCGCUCCUACAACAGGUACGAGAUUGCCAUAGUAACUGAGGAGGGCGUGGAGAUCAAGGGCCCGCUGUCUUGCGAAACCAACUGGGACAUCGCUCAUAUGGUCAGUGGCUUCGAAUGAACACUUGGGAGAGCCACUCUUCCAGUUUUUCUGCUCUCAUGCAAAUGUUUUCUUGUCAAUUUUGUAUCAUUCAAAUAAAUGUGUUCAAUCAAA